AUGGCCUCCGGCGCCGUGAGCCCAGCGUUCGCCUACACCGUCGUGUACGUCAAGGACGUGGCGCGGUCGGCCGCGUUCUACUCCGCCGCGUUCGGCUACUCCGUCCGCCGCCUCGACCAAUCCCUCAAGUGGGCGGAGCUGGAGAGCGGGGCGACGACGAUCGCGUUCACGCCGCUGCACCAGAGGGAGACGGACGCGCUGACGGGGGCGGUGCAGCUGCCGGGGACGGCCGGCGAGCGCGGCCCCGUGGAGAUCUGCUUCGACUACGCGGACGUGGACGCGGCGUACCGGCACGCCGUGGACAGCGGCGCCGUGCCGGUGAGCGCCCCGGAGCAGAAGAGCUGGGGCCAGAAGGUCGGAUACGUCAGGGACAUCGACGGGAUCGUCGUGCGCAUGGGCAGCCACGUCCGCGCGUAG